CAUUCCUUUAAGUCUACCAAACUGUAUUCAAUCAACAUGGUUUCCUCUACCCUUGUCUAUGAUGUUUUAAGCAAUCUUCCGGAAGGCACAUUAGCCAAAUGGAACCUUUUGGUUGGUUUCACUGCCAUCUUUAAUACUAUUCAAUCCUAUAUUACUCCCAAACUGACAAAACGCGUAUAUAGUAAUUCUAAUGAAGUGAAUGGACUACAGGGCCGCACGUUUGGUCUAUGGACUUUUUUAAGUGCGCUUAUUCGUAUUUACUGUGCCUAUCAUAUGUCUAGUCCAGAUAUUUACUUUAUCUGUCAGUGCACUUACUACUUGGCCAGCUUCCACUUUUUGAGUGAAUGGCUUCUUUUUCGUAGUGCAAACAUGGGUGUUGGCUUGCUCAGUCCCAUCAUUGUCUCCACCAUAAGUAUAACUUGGAUGGCAAAGGAGAAGCAAACAUACCUUGGCCUAACAGCCUAAGGCAGGGAAUUUGCUAAUAGCGUGACACCAGGAUUUAUUCGACUUCAUAGGAGAAGACUUAUGGAGUUGUAUAUAUCCAUAUUAAGGAAUACGCUUCCUUUGGUAGAGUAUGUGACUUAUAUGAUUAUAUAUAUACAUGCCCCUCAAGAUAUGUCAAUCUAUUAGUUCGUACUACAAAUUAAUGAAUUUAUUAUUCGAUA